AUGCGAUUCGGGAAAACCCUCCGCGAGGCCGUGUACGCGCCGUGGAAAGACAAGUACAUCGACUACAGCAAGCUCAAGGCUUUGUUACACGAGGAUAAGUUUGAUGAUGACACCGUGCCAUGGACCGAGGAUGACGAGAACCGCUUCUGCGACGAAAUCUUUAAUGUUCAACUCGAAAAGGUCGCCCGUUUCCAAGAGGAACGAGUAGACGCUUUGAAGCAGCGAGUAGAUGCCGCUUUCGAGGAGCUCAAAGAACUGGCGCCCUCAGAAGACAACAAGGCCACACCUCGGGGAGAAGCCGAAAUCUCUAAGCUCAAAACCCUCGAGAAGCAGCUAGAUGAUAUCACCAACGAGGUCAAAGAAGUCAAGAAGUACAGCAGCAUAAACUACACAGGCUUUCUCAAGAUUGUCAAGAAGCAUGACCGCAAGCGAGGCGAUCGUUACAGAGUUCGACCAAUAAUGCAACUCAGCCUCGCUCAACGACCUUUUAAUUCAGAGCAGGGCUACUCUCCGCUUUUGAACAAACUUUCCAUCAUGUACUUUGCAAUAAGGCAACAGCUGGAGGGAGAGGCGACCCCAUUGGACUUGAACAAUCAGGGCGAGACCCAUAACGGCGAGAGAUAUACCGCGCACAAGUUUUGGGUACAUCCCGAGAAUCUGCUCGAGGUCAAGACGUUGAUCCUCCGCCGACUUCCUUCUCUUGUAUAUAGUGACCAGACUUCCAAGGAGGUCGAUGGCAACGAUUCGCCUGCCGUGACGUCUCUUUACUUUGACAACAAGAAAUUCGAGCUUUACUCUGAAAAGGUUGACAGGCAGUCGGACACAUCUUCUCUUCGAUUGCGAUGGUAUGGUCAACUCAACGCUCGACCUGAAAUUUUCGUCGAACAGAAGACUGCCGACGCCAAGGGCAUCAGCCAAGAACAUCGGUUCACGAUCAAGGACAAAUGGGUCAAGCCAUUUAUUGAUGGAGAAUACGGAAUGGAAAAGAGCGUGCAAAAAAUGGAACGCCAAGGCCAACCGGGGGAGAAAAUCGAAAGCUUCAAGAGUACUGUUGCUGAAAUCCAGAACUUCGUCGAGGCGAGGAAGCUUUCGCCGGUUCUGCGAGCAAACUACGUAAGGACUGCUUUCCAGAAGCCCCUCGAUGAUCGCGUACGAAUCUCCAUCGACACCGACCUAGCGUUCAUCCGGGAGGAUACACUUGAUCCAGACCGCCCCUGCCGGAACCCCAAGAACUGGCACCGGGAGGAUAUUGACAACAGCAGCAUGACGUAUCCGUUUCGAAACAUCAACCAAAGCGAGGUGUCCAAGUUUCCGUACGCCGUACUUGACAUCAAGCUCAAAGGAGACAACAACCGCAAGCGUCCUGCCUGGAUCGAGGACCUCAUGAGCUCCCAUCUGGUGCACCCUGCACCGAGGUUCUCCAAGUUUGUCCAUGGCGUGGCAUCGUUGUUUGAAGACCACGUCAACAACCUGCCAUUCUGGCUCAGUGAUCUAGAAACAGACAUUCGCAAGGAUCCCCAAAAGGCGUUUGAGGAGGAGGAGGAGCGACGUGCUCGGAUGGCCAAUGAUGCCAUAGCUGUCGGUAGCCUGAUUGGCACUGUUCCCAACUCGUACAAGGCUGCUCAGAGCUCCCCCGUAGGCAAGUCAUACCUGGCUGACAGAAUGGCAGCCGACGCCAAGGCGGCAGCAGCACUGUCCACUUCGCUGCGCAGCCGCGGCGGUGUUGGUCAAGGGGGAGAGGAGGGCGAACCUAGCAAUUCGCAGCAACAAGAGGAACCGACGCGAAGGCCCGGUGGUUAUGGCACGUUGUCAUCCGUGCUGCCUGGCCUCUCUCUGUCCAAGUAUGCUAGGGCUAAGCGUGCUCAAAAAGCACGACUUCCUGAGGGUGUCGUGGAGCCCAAGCAAUGGAUCAAGAACAUGGGCGAGCUCAAAGUCGAGCCCAAGGUGUGGCUGGCGAACGAGCGGACUUUUCUGAAAUGGCAGAAUGUCGCCAUCCUUCAGGGGGCGUUGGCGAUAGCCUUGUACUCGGCUGCUGGCGAGAGCCUGCUUGCGGAAGUCAUGGGCGUGGUGUACGUCAUGAUUGCAGCGUUCGCGGGGCUCUGGGGCUACUACAUGCUAAACGUCCGAAGGGGCAUGAUCCUGGAGAGGAGUGGCAAAGACUUUGACAAUAUGCUUGGACCGCUGAUCAUGAGCGUCGCGUUGAUGGUGGCACUGAUUGUCAAUUUCGUCUUGCAGUACCAAAAAGCAUUCGCCAGGUUCGGCGACGGCCGCAGCAAUCGUACCGAGACGGUUUCAGAGGAAUUAAGAUGA